UCUCCUCCAUGCCCUAUAAAUAAAGGUUUUUGAUCAAUCCUUCAAUUUCUCAUCACAUCUUCUUGUAAAUUUCAGACAAAACAAAAUGUCUUGCUGUGAAGGAAACACUGGUUCUGGAUAUAGCUCCAAGUGUGGUAAUGGUGGCGGAGGGUGCAAUAUGUACACCGACUUGAGCUAUACGGAGGCUACCGCUGCCACCACCGAGACCGUCGUCCUCGGAGUAGCACCACAGAAGACACAUUUUGAGGGAUCCGAGUCAGAGAUGGGUGCUGCUGCAACUGAGAACGGAUGCAAGUGCGGUGAUAAUUGCACUUGCAAUCCAUGCAAUUGCAAAUGAAGCAAAAACUUUGAAUUCAGGAUUUGAAGCAGAGAUGAAGAGAAGAUAAGUCUUAAUAUUAUGCGUGUCUAGAUAAAUAAUCAUCACUAGUAGAUGAUGAUAAUAAAUAUGUGCCUGUAUUUAUCGUUUUGAUGAGAGGUUGGUGUCUAGCUUUUGUAUAAAUUAAUAUUAGUGUGUAAUCUCAUAUAUGCUUGAUUAUAAUAAUAAAAACUAAUUUCUUAUAUA